AUGGUUAAGGUGAACUCGAGGUUAUUCAUGAAAGACACGGUCUUGACAGCUUCUUCUUCUUCAUCAUCCACCAGUGUUCGCCAUGUUCGAUCCAUUAGUUUGCCUAGCCAAUCACAUCCUAGCACUCUUCAAGUUGAAGAGGAGCUCACUUAUCUCAAAACAUGGGAGGCAUCUUCGUCUUCUAUGGCUACUGUAGAUACAGUCUGUGGUUCUCUAGUGGUGCUGGAAAGAUUGUACACAUCUGUUAACAAUCUUCUGAGUUUGCCACUGACCCAACAAGCCCUUUUCACCAAGGAUGAGAAAUUGGUUGAUGAGUUGUUGGAUCGAUCAAUGAAGCUCUUGGAUGUCUGUGGCUCUAUAAAAGAUACCAUGGAACAAGUAAAGGAACACGUCAAAAAUGUUCAAUCAGCUCUUAGAAGGAAAAAGUCGAAUCUGUCCAUGGAUGCAUCCUUGCUCAGGAAAUUAAUGAAGGAUGCCAACAGAGCUAUUUCAGCACUAAAGAAAAGUGAUAACAAGACUGGGGACGACAUUGCACUCUUAGAUCUAGAUCACCACCUCUCAACUGUGAUUAGAUCACUAAGAAAUGCUGGUGAAGUGAGUAUUUCAAUAUUUGGAUCCGUUCUCUCACUUAAAUCCAUAUUUGUAUCAAAACCAAAGUCUACCAAAUGGUCAGUAGUUUCAAAUUUGAUCUGGAAAGGAAAUACGAUGAGUAUAGAUCAGCCACAAAUCUCAAAUGAGGCUCUAGAAUCCCACAUUGAAGUCAUUCAGAGUAGUUUGGAGUGUGUGUUUAGGACCUUGAUGAAAACAAGGGUCUGUCUCCUCAAUAUUCGUUCUCACUAG